AUGGCGGAAGCGGAGCAACAACAGCGUCAGCAACAGCAACAACAAGAAGAUCAUAAGGAAGAGAGCGGCGAGAAGGACUCGGAUGUCGUGAAGGGGCCAUGGAGUCCCGAGGAGGAUGAGCUGCUAAUGGAGAUAAUCGCCAAAUACGGGCCGCGCAAUUGGUCGCUCAUUGCUCAGGGGCUCAAAGGGCGCUCCGGCAAGAGCUGUCGACUUCGGUGGUGCAAUCAACUGAAUCCCGAAGUAAAUAAAAAUCCGUUCACGGACGAAGAGGACAGAAUAAUCGCACUGGGACACGCGGAGCACGGCAACAAAUGGUCCGUCAUUGCGAAGAGCCUGCGCGGUCGCACUGACAACGCGAUUAAGAACCACUGGAAUUCCACGUUGAAGCGGAAAUACCCCGCCAUUCUCGCGGAAAUCAUCAAAAAUAGGACCGCGCGCGUGAUCGAUUCGCCGCGCGACGCCCCAGCCAGCUCCCCCGGAAGCGACGGCCGGGUUUCCCCUUCCCCCUACUACUCCGGUGUCCCGCUCUACGCUCCAAUGUACGCUCCCGGAGGCGCCGGUGGCGCGGGAGGCGGCGCGAACUUUUUCUCGCAUCGUGAGAGUCCGUCUCCGCUUUCGUCGGGUAGCGCGGGCUGCGGAAGCGCGGCGCACUCGCGGCGGAGCAGCAUGGACGGCUGCUCCGCAAGCUCCGCCAAGGCGGAAAACGUGCGCAUGCUUGCGGACGUCCUCCGCCGCCUCGCCACCGCAUCCAGCGGCGGCGCCGCCGGCUCCGCAUGCCCGUCUCCUCCGCCAGGCGGCGCGGCGGGCGUCGCUCCUCCUUCCGCCUCCGCCGUUUCAGCCGCGCGCCUAGCGUUUCCGCGCAGCGGAAGUCUCGACUCUCCCGUUCUCCGCCAAUCUCUUCGCGACCCCACUCCACUCGUUCCUUCCGCCAUGGGGGCAUGCGGGGGAACGUUUGGCGGCGGAUGGGGCGGCGGAGCGCCGGCGGUGGGGGAAUACGACCUUGAGUAUCUUCAGGCCGCGAAGCGGCUGCGCUUUGGUGGGGGGGACAUAGCUUGCGCGGAGCUUGGCGGAGCGUCUGGCGGACUGUCUGGCGGAAGCGGUGGGCUGAGGGGAAGCGCAGGGUUGGGCGGAAGUGGAUACGGCAGCGCCGCCGCCAACCUGGGGAACUUUGGGGGGUCCCUUCUCGGAAACUCCCUCCUGGGGCGCACGGCAAGCGGAGGAGCUGGGGCACUCGGGGGAAGCUCUUUCGGGGGAGGCGCUUACUGCGGGAGCGGCGAGAACUACCUUUCCGCGGGCGCUUUCUCCCCCCUUGGCGGAGGUACGGCGGGGAAUUCGGGUUGCCGCGGUUCCCCCUCCCCCCAUGGCGUUAUGCGCUUCCCCUCCAGUGUGCGGAGCUCCAUGGGCGGAGGGGAUUCCCCCUCCUCCCUUGCCGCCAUGGCUGCCGCGGCUGCAGCGGGAUUCGCGCCGCCCUUCGGUGGGGGAAGUUUCGGGGGGGGGAACUCGAAUCCGCCCUUUUCCCCUGCGGGGAACGCUCAGCCUUUCCCCUCACCACACUCCGCCUCCCCCCUCAUGCCGCAGAGCAUACGGGAAAGCCUCCUCUCCAAUUCUCACCAGCAGAACAAGCCGAUAAUUGGGGCAGGGCCAGCAUCAGGAGGAGCAGCAGGAGCAGGAACGGUGGGAGUCGAUGGGAUGGUGACGCGAGCCGAUCGGACGGCCCAGGGCAUGUCCCUGCUGGGGCAGCGAAAUCUGACCAUUGAUCUCUCUGUGCUCGACAAUCUUGCAGCUCACAUGCCUCUGCACCCCUUUCAGCCGCUACAGUCUGCGGAGCCUAUGUCCAAUCCCGCUGCUGCAGCCGCUGCCACCGCUGCCACUGCUACAGCCGCUACAACCGCCGUUGGUGAUUCCUUGAUGUUAGGGGAGCUUGGAGGGGAGAUGUUGGAUACGGGGGUGCGCCAUGCCUCAGUUGAAGCCCUGGCACAGAUUCUUGCAGGGGAUAUUCAGGCGGUGCCCAAUGCUGGUUUCGCUUCAGGUUACAACGGGAAUUUCAAUGCAGGUUUCAGUGGAGCAGAUGCGUUGAUGCCUGCAACUGGUGGUGCAGAGGAAGCUGCUAAGGGCUCUGAUUUGGAAUGCUUGCUGAAUGGUCAGUUUCAGCAGCCGUUGCUUCAGCUGCAGCAGCUACAGCAGUUGCGGCAGCUGCAGUUGUUGCAGCAGCAGCAGCAGCAGCAGCAGGAGCAGGAGCAGAUGCAGCAGGAGGGUUUAGCUGAGGAGGAAGAUUCUGGAUCGCUUCUGAGUUUCCUUGCUUCUGAUUGGCCGCAGCUGAAGGAGGCUGUGGCAGCAGGAGCUCGAGCAUUGAAUGCUGCAGAUAUGCCCAGCUCCAGCAAAUAA